AUUUGAUAUUCAAGUGAAAUAUUUAUUGCUUUUUCACAUUAUUAAAUUUUCUAUAAAAUUUAUGCUUUCUGUAUUUAUAGAGACAAAUGUCGAUUGUUGUUCAAAAAAAGAAAAGAAACUAUUUGGUCAAAUUCGAAUAACAUUGUAAAUGCAAAUUUCAAUUUCUUUUUUUACAUUUAAUAUGUCUUAGUUCUCUAAAAAUUUAUAUUAAGCAGUCCACAUCACAAGUUCUUCAGAGAAAACUGCAUCAGUCACCAAAAACAAAGCACAAGGAGCUUGUUCUAAUCAUGCGACAAAACAACCUCAUCCGGUAUCGCUAGGCAACAGAUACGUUCUUUUGAUCAUACAACUUUCUAGGAAGUAGCCUUCUAGAAAAAUGAUAAAAAUAAAUGCGGGUCGCAAGGAGUUCCAAAUUUGGCAAGAUAUCCAUAAAUAGGCAAUUUGCCUAGUUUCAUGCACUAAGCUUAACCAUAAAAUCAUAUCCAUCACAUGCAUGUUGUUACAUAUCACGAAAAACAAGAGAUGACUGAGGAGAGCCCAGAGGAAGAUCAUAAAUCUCCUGAAGGAGCCGAAACGAAUCUAGGAAGCUCUUCUUUAAAGAACAACAACAUCAACAAUAAAGAACAAGAUCGGUUUCUUCCAAUUGCUAAUGUCGGAAGGAUCAUGAAAAAGGUUCUUCCCGGUAACGGUAAGAUCUCGAAAGAUGCCAAAGAAACCGUUCAAGAAUGUGUAUCAGAAUUCAUCAGCUUUGUUACCGGUGAAGCUUCUGACAAGUGUCAAAGAGAGAAGAGGAAAACCAUCAAUGGAGAUGAUAUCAUUUGGGCCAUUACCACUUUAGGUUUCGAAGACUAUGUGGCUCCAUUAAAGAUCUAUCUCGGGAAAUACCGAGAAACUGAAGGAGAGAAAGUCAACAGCCCAAAACAAAGACAUCAACAACAACAACCGCAGCAUAAUCAUCAUUUUCAGUUUCAAGAACAAGACCAUAACAACAUUUCAUGUACUAGUUACAUCUCUCAGCAUCAUCCUUCUCCAUUUUUGCCUGCAGAUCAUCAACCUUUUCCAAAUCUCCCUUUCUCUCCUAAAUCGUUGCAAAAUCAGUUCCCGCAGCAGAAUGAUAACACUGAUUCCAUGGGACAGUGGUCAGUGUAAAACAUUUUUUUUUAAUUCCUUUUCUUUGUUUUAGAUAUACAUUAUAUUUUUUGUUUCGAGUA